AUGGCGGCCCGGCUUGCGGCGUGCCGGGGGCGAGCUGGGCCUGUGGCCGCCCUCGGACGCCUGCGGGACCCUUGCCGCAGGUGGUCCGGCGCCCAGGCAGCUGACACCGUGUACGACGUGGUGGUGUCGGGCGGAGGCCUGGUGGGCGCCGCCAUGGCCUGUGCCUUGGGAUAUGAUAGUCACUUCCGUGACAAGAAAAUCCUGUUGCUAGAAGGAGGUCCAAAAAAAGUAAUGGAGAAAUUGCCAGAAACUUACAGCAACAGGGUUAGCUCCAUUUCUCCCGGCUCUGCAACCCUUCUCAGUAGUUUUGGUGCCUGGGACCACAUCAGUAAGAUGAGACACAGAGCCUUCCGGCGGAUGCAGGUGUGGGACGCCUGCUCAGAGGCCCUGAUAAUGUUUGAUAGGGAUAAUCUGGAGGACAUGGGCUAUAUCGUGGAGAAUGAUGUCAUCCUGCAUGCUCUCACCACGCAGCUGGAGGCCGUGUCUGACCGAGUGACGGUUCUCUACCGGAGCAAGGCUGUAGGCUACACCCGGCCUGCCCCAUUUCCCAUGGUGGACUCCAGCCCGUGGGUUCAAAUCACCCUCAGUGAUGGCAGCACCCUCCAGACCAAAUUGUUGAUUGGCGCAGACGGUCACAACUCGGGAGUACGGCAGGCUGCUGGGAUCCCCAACGUUAGCUGGAACUAUGACCAGUCUGCUGUUGUGGCGACUCUGCAUUUAUCAGAGGCCGCAGAAAAUGACGUCGCUUGGCAGAGAUUUCUUCCCUCUGGGCCCAUUGCUCUGCUCCCGCUUUCGGACACCCUGAGUUCCCUGGUUUGGUCGACGUCCCAUGAGCACGCGGCAGAGCUGGUCAGCAUGGACGAGGAACAGUUUGUGGAUGCCAUUAACUCUGCUUUUUGGAGUGAUGCUAACCACACGGACUUCAUUGACUCGGCUGGCACCAUACUGCAACAGGCUAUUGGUCUUCUGAAGCCCACCAAAGUCUCAGCUCGCCAGCUGCCCCCAAGUGUGGCCAGGGUGGAAGCCACAAGCCGGGUGCUGUUUCCUCUCGGGCUGGGGCAUGCUGCGGAGUACGUGCGGCCUCGGGUGGCGCUCAUUGGGGAUGCAGCCCACCGAGUCCAUCCCCUUGCAGGACAAGGUGUCAACAUGGGCUUUGGGGACGUCUCCAGCUUGGCCCAUCACCUCAGUAUGGCAGCUUUCGACGGGAAAGAUUUGGGCGGCAUGAGCCACCUGACAGGCUAUGAGACAGACAGACAAAGGCACAACACUGCUCUUCUAGCCGCGACAGACUUACUCAAAAGGCUCUACUCCACCAGUGCCGCUCCUCUCGUGCUGCUAAGGACGUGGGGCCUGCAGGCCACAAAUGCCGUGUCUCCACUCAAAGAACAAAUCAUGGCCUUCGCAAGCCAGUGAGGGCUUCUCUUCUGGGCAUCUUGAUGAAAAAAAGAACACGCCGCUCCAGUACCAUCUUGCAUAUUGUCAAGAGUCAAUUUAAUAAGUUACCGUUAGAAUCUUCCCGUCUUUCUCCUCUGCUGAGUGAGCCUGCAGUGCCCAGAUGAGGGGAAAUUAGCUGUGAGGAGGGUGUUAUCAACCAAGCAGAAAAAAUGCCCAAAGGAAGACUCACGAUUUGGUUUAAAACAGCCUUUUUAUUACUAAAUCAAGGUACUAUGUCAUUUAUUUUCACUUAAUAACAGUCCUUUUUGAGGAAGAGACUUUGAUCGUUUUUUUCUUGAUAGAUGCAAGAAUUAGAAAUAUGCAGUGAAUGCAUUUGCUGUUAGAAUAGCCAUUUAAAAAUUUACAUCAGAAUGCAAAUUAAAUACAAAUUACUUUAA